AUGUCGAGGAUACGGAAUACUGGUGACAACAAACCAGGAAGCAUUUACAGAAUCGCUCUCGAAAACUUUGUGACAUAUAAACAAGUAGAGCUAUAUCCUGACCAAUCAUUGAAUGUAAUUAUCGGACCCAACGGUACUGGAAAAUCGACUUUUGUCUGUGCAAUAAUUUUGGGACUAUGUGGUAAAACAAACAUUAUAGGUCGAGCUAAAAAGAUAUCAGAAUAUGUGAGGGGAGGAUGCGAACAAUCUACCAUAGAGAUUGAAUUAUACCGAAACCCAGGGGAGCAUAAUGUCAUUAUUACUCGGAAUUUUAACCUUAAGGAUAUUUCUUCGUGGUACAUAGACCAUAAAACAGCCAGAGAGAAACAAGUCCAAGAACUAAUUGCUUCAUUUAAUAUACAGGUUGACAAUCUUUGUCAACUUCUCCCUCAAGAUAGAGUUCAGGAUUUCUCAAAAAUGAAUCCCCAAGAACUACUCCGAAGCACUUUAUCAGCUGUUGGUGGGCAGGAAAGUGUCACUCAGUUAGAAGAGCUUAUUGCAACUAGGCAAGAACAGCGUAAUUUAAAUAAUGUCUUGGAAAAUAAUGCACAGUUGCUGCAAGAACAUAUUCGGUUAAAUGAUAGGUUAAAAGUUAUAAUAGAAACCAUUAAUCAAAGAAAAGAAAUUGAACAAGAAAUAGAUAUUUGUAAGAAAAAGGAACUCUGGAUAGAGUACCAAGACCUUAAAGAGGCAGUUAAUGAAUACUCAAAUGACAAGAAAACGGCUACCAAACUUGUGAAUAAUCAUAAAAAAGCUAUGCAACCUCUUGAAGAAUUAGUAGAAAAGGCUAAAAGUAGAAUUAGUAAAAUGGAGCAACAAAAGCUUAAAGCUGGAAGGGAAAUUCACUCUCUUACUGACAAAGUCAAAGAGAUACUAAACAGCAUUCGGUCACAAGAACAUGUUCUAAAAGAGAUCGACGCUAUGUAUCAAGAAAAGUUAGAAAGACAUCGGAAUAGAAAAAGAGAGUUGUUAGAGGCAAAAGCAAAGUUGGAUAAGCUAAUAACGGAUAAACAGAUGGCGUUGGAGCAUAUUGGCGAUGAGAGCAGUAUUAAAAUGAAAAUGGCUGAAAUUCAUAAAUCCAUAUCAGCAACAAAUGCAGCUAUCGACACAUUAAAGAAGAAGAAGUUAGAAGUUCAGUUUGAUUACGAGAAUAAUGUGAUACCACAGAUCAGACUGUAUCAAAAUAGGAUAAACAACUUGGAAGAUAGCAACGAAAAGCGUUUGGAGAUGCUAAGAUCUUCAUCAAGUACUAAAGACGCAUACGAAGCCGUUAUAUGGUUGAGAGCUAACAAACACCACUUCAAACAUGGAGUCUACGAGCCUAUGAUGCUGGAGAUAAACUUCCCAGAUCCAAAGUUCGCGCGCUAUCUUGAAGCGACUGUGGCAACUCGUGAUCUAGUAGCGUUCACCUUCGAGUCCAGUCAAGAGAUGAAUUUUUUCAUGACAAAGAUGAGAGAAAUGAACCUGAAACGGGUGAAUGCGGUUUGCAGUCCGCCCACAUCGUUCAAUAUUCAGAGGCAAAAUAUAUCUGAGCUUAGCUACCUAGGAUUCUACACUUACGUUUUGGACACAAUCACUGCACCGGACGCGAUAAUACGCUACUUGUGCAACAACUACGCCAUACACAAGAUACCGAUAGGAAAUGAGCAUACUUUCAAUAACAGUGGGAAAGUUCCAGCAAACAUUAGUUUUUAUUUCACGGAAAAUCACAGAUUCUCAGUACGUGUAUCGGCCUAUAGUGGAGCGAAGUCCAGUUCUAUAACAGAAAUCAAAUCACCCAGACUUCUGGCCAACACAAUCGAUGUAGAACAAAUUAACAAUUAUAAAAGCCAGUUAGCCAAAUUUGAAAGAACGGCGCAGUCUCAUAAAAGCAAAAUGAAAGAAAUGGAUACCCAGCUUUCGCCACUAGAGGUCACUCUUAACAGUUAUCAUGUUGAGAGGAAAAAAAUUAACGACGGCGUAGAAAAGGUACGAACCCUGAGCGCACAAAUUCGGUUACAAACGAAAAAACUUGAGGACAUCCAGAACGAGUCUACAAUCAAUAUUGAGGUUGAAAAGCAAAAAUGUGUAGCCAAGCAAAAGGACACAGUGUUAAAACAAUGUCACAUACACGGCCAAUUAAAAGACAUUAUGAAGGAACUACAAUCUGCGAUGCUGAAAAAGGAAUUGGCCUCAGUGAAAUUGGAUAUAAGUAGAAAAGCGAUUAUACAAGAUGAAUCAAAAUUAAGAGAGUUGAAAGGUGAAUUACGAAACUCGGAGACGACAUUGGAAAACAUACAGAAGAAAUUAACCCGCGCAAUAUCAGAUGCUAAAGAAAAGCUCAUGGAGGCUAAGCGUUCUUGCAAUAACAAACUACCCAACGACCCAGACUUUCCUUAUACUAAAGAUUUCGAGAAACUACCCUCAGAUUUAAGCAGCCUUCAAGCACAUUGCUGCGAUCUACAGACGCGUAUAGAAUGUAUGGACACCAAUGAUGUACAGGUACUUAAAGAAUAUGAAGCACGUGAAAAAACAAUAGCUCAACUCAAACAUGAUGUGAAGAAUUCAUCAAAUAUCAACAAGCAAUUAGAAGAGAAGAUGAAUGUACUCAAAUCAAAAUGGCUGCCAUCGUUAGAAGUGCUAUUACGAAAUAUCGACAAAACAUUCGGCGCUAUGUUCGCGAAGUUGGGCUGCGCGGGCGAGAUCAAAUUAGACAAAACUGGUUCUGAUGACGACUACGAUAAAUACGGUCUGGGUAUCUACAUUCGAUUCCGUGAGCAUGAACAGUUGCAGCAGUUAACACGACACGCGCAGAGCGGCGGAGAGAGAGCGCUGUGCACUGCGAUAUAUUUGAUGUCACUACAGGCAUUAGCCACUGUGCCUUUUAGAUGCGUGGAUGAGAUAAAUCAAGGAAUGGAUGCGAUCAACGAGAGGAAAAUGUUCCAAUUACUGGUCAAAGUGACUACUGAAUGUAGCAACGGGCAAUACUUCCUUUUAACGCCAAAGUUAUUAAGCCAGCUCGAAUAUGGGGAAAAAGUAAUGGUUCACACCAUAAUGAAUGGAAAGGAAAUAAUGAACUACAAGAAAUGGAAAUAUCAGAAGCAUUUGGAAAACGCGCGGAAAUACACAAUGGCACAAUCAAUGGAUUAUAUGUGA